AUUGAGCCAUUUGCUGCCCCUCUGCGGAAGGUGAUUGACAAUAGCUCACAGAAGAAGAUUGAACAGAUCCGACUGACGGGAUCAAACGCAAAGAGCAGAAUGGAUGUGCAUGGAGGGGGCACAGGUGAUGCAGGGAAGCUGCAGAGGACUGCAGCUUCCGCAGCUGUAGUUCUCAAUGAGAUUGUGUACGGAGCAUCGGGUGUUUGGGUGGAUGAUCCAGCAGAAGCAGGCAUUGAGCUGGGGGCAAGAGGAAGCAGCACGGAGCAUUCUGCAGAUUUACUGCCGUUUGUGAUGACGAUUGUCCGGGAAUAUACAUCUCCGGAAAUCUGGGAGCUACCCACAGAUAUGCAUUCCAGCCGGCUUCUAGCGGCAGUUGAAAAGGGGCUGGAGAUCAGUGGCAGUAGACCUCGUGAACAUUUGAAGAUGGACGAAGAGCUGAAGCUACCUACAAGAGAGAUGGGCUUAGUUGAGCCCACACCGUAUUCCCAGCUUCAUGAUAAUGCCAUUCUGCAAACGGUCCUGCUUGAAGGGCUGGCGGUGUUUGCGAGGGCACUGGGCAGACGGUUCGUUUCGGAGGGAGGCCUCCUUGCAUGUACCCUUCAGCAGGUUCUGGAUAAGCUUGGUGAUCCCCACCCUUCAGUGAGUGAAGCGGCGAAGCUGACACUUGACAGCAUUUGCGUCUUUUGCGGCUACCCAUCUCCAAGGAAAUUGAUUGCAGCCAAUGCAGAUUACGUGGUUGAUGCUCUAUGCCGCAACCUGCAUCACCUGGAGCUGCAUCCGCGUACACCUGAUCUUUUUGUUGCCGUGCUGAGGCAAACAGGGGCGGCACCGGACCUGCUACCGCUGCUUCGUGAACCGAUGGCUGCAAUACUGCGGAGCUUGGAAGUGAAUGGGAGGAGACGACAGCCUCAACACACGGUAUCUUUUUUGCUGGCGUUACGAGAGUUAACAGGUGCUGCAGAGAAAGAUCUCAUGGUGGUUGCAGGCAAGAGCAACUUCGCUGCCAAAGAGGCUGAAAGGCAGGCGGCAAGAAAAAUUGAGAUGCGGAGCCAAGGGAGGAAAAGGGCUGCAAUGGAGAAAUGGAGGAAAUUAGCAGAAGGACGAGAAAAGGCCGGGGAGUAUCGCCCAACCAAGGAAGAUCCUGACAAAGACUAUUGGGAGUUCGCUGCAUCCGUAGAAGAGGAUUCUGAGGGGGAUGAUGAGGCCCAGAGUGUGACCAAGUUCGGGGAACCAGCAGCGCAUAGCAAUGGUUUGUCACAAGUGGGCGGUGAAGAUCUGUCUGUGCAGCAGCAGCAGCAGUUUGAUGUGGAGAUCGCAUGUAUGACUAGAGAGGAACGAAUCCGACAGCUGUCUGCCAGUGCAGAGAUUGCAGCGAUGUCAGUCGAGGCAUCAGAGCCAUUGCUUGGUUCAAGGGUUAUUCGCGCACGACUCGUGGCCAUGGACGUUGUGGCAAACUGCAUGCGAGCUCUCGAUCACGCCGAGAAAGCAUCGACAUCGGAGAAGAAGUGUGUUCAGGCGAUGAGAACGAUUCUGAGGGGUAAGCCGGGCAACGGCGAAUGGUCAAGAGGGUUGGCAGAGCUCUCCCAGGACGCAGAACUACCCCCAGCGCUGCCUGAGGCAUGCCGGCUCCUUCCCCUGGUGCAUGCUGUGUGGCCAGAAACUGUGCUUUGUCUUCGCCAUUCUCAUCAUGCGGUUGUAAUGCGUGCGUUGGGGCUGAUUAGCACAAUGCUUGAUGCGGCUGGAGGGGACUUCAUGGUCACGAGGAUUCGAGAGGACGCUUGGCCUGUCAUGGAGGGUUUCCUGCAGCUAUCUUCUUCUUCGGGGGAUCGGAGGAAGAGGCUUAUGUCAAGGGACGAUUUGUUGGUGUUGCCGCUGGCACCCGUAUCUGGAACACCGGUUAUAAGCAGCAGAGGGGUUUGGAGCCGGGGACCAACGGGACAGCACGAGGCGGAAAGCAUGUCGCCGGAUGCAUUGGAAAAGGUUAGAAGAGCUGUGUUGAAGUGGAUCAUCGACGCAGCAACAGAUACGCGAAGUGCCGGUGCACUGAGACUGGUGGUAUCGUCUAUGGUGAAUACUGUGAAGCUUUUCCUUUCCGCCAAGGGACAUGCAAAGCCACUGCAGGCUGCGGCAACAUCGGCACUAGAUGCGUUAACAAAGCUCAGCUUUUGAGAAGGUACCUCUUAUCGACGUUUAUAGCCUCAAUUUAAUUAAGGUCUGACCACUUUGAGCUCUCUGAGCACUUGGAGCACUUGGAGCACUUUGAGCACUUUGAGCACUUUGAGC